AUCAGCAAUGUUUUGAUUCUCUCGUCUCCACAGUGUGUUCUCUCUCUCUCUCUCUCCAUUUUGUUCCCCCAUACUUCUAUCAUGUUUUGCUUUUCUUUUCUCACAGCAACAAGUUAUAUACCCAAAGAGAAUCCGUAUAAUCCCUUCGACUGAUGAAAUUCGUGCAUAGGGUUGGAGUUGGUAAAAUUCUUUGAGAAUUAGUCGAGGCACGCGUAAACUUUGUUCGAGUUGUCAGACUAGAAAAGAGAGAUGGGCAGCGGCAAGCGGAGGUGGAAGAUAUCCUUCCAAUGGUCACCAUCUCACAUCAGAAACCAACUCCCAAAGGAGUUCACAUGCCCGCUCUCUGGCUCUCUAAUGGCCGACCCAGUUAUCGUCUCCUCCGGCCAAACCUUCGAGCGCAACUGCGUCGAAUCCUGCAAAAUCCUAAACUUCAAACCAGUUUUAUCUGACGGGACAGCUCCCAAUUUCUCCGCCGUUAUUCCUAACCUCGCUCUCAAGUCCGCCAUUCUCAACUGGUGCAACGCACACCUCGUGGACCCACCUGAACCCGUCGACGGAAUCUCUGCGGAGAAGAUCGUCCGGGCGCUGAUGGAUUGCCAGAAGCACCAAUCACUAGAAACCCACAACAGAUCUCAGUGGCAAGUGCCCGCAUCAGUAAAAUCUGUGAGGACUCGGUUUCCGAUUCAAUUCAGUCCGAGUUCGGAGGAAUUACGGGAAACCCGCAACAAGACUCAAUCUCUCAACAAGACUCAAUCGCAAGGACCCAAAACGUGGAACUCUUCGGAUAAAGAGUUGACUCGGUUUCCGGGUCGAUUCAGUUCAAGUUCGGAGGAAUUACGGGAAACCCACCAGAAAACUCUAUGUGAAGUACCCAAAUCAAGAAACUCUGAGGAUACCGAGUUGACUCGGUUUCCGAGUCAAUUGAGUUCGACGUCGGAGGAAUUACGGGAAACCCACAACAAGAGUCAAUGGCAAGUGCCCAAAUCACGGAUUUCAGUGGAUACUGAGUCGACUCGGGCUCAGAGUCAACUCAGUUUGAGUUCGGAGGAAUCGGUGGUCGCGGCGACUUCCGGCUCCUCGACUCCCCUCCCUUUCUACUCCUAUUCAUCUUCUUCCUCCGAUAUAGAAACCCUAAACCCUAGCUCUAGCGAAGAAGACGACAUCGUUUUGAGGCUCAGGAGUUUACACGUGUUCGAGCAAGAAGAGGCCGCGACGUCUCUCCGGAAGAUGACGCGAACGGGAGAGGAUUCGAGGGCCCGUCUGUGCACGCCGCGGGUGCUCUCCGCCGUUCGGUCUUUGAUCGCAUCGAGAUACGCCGCAGUGCAGGUGAACGCGGUGGCUGCUCUGGUGAAUCUGUCCUUGGAGAAUCAAAACAAGGUGAGGAUCGUACGGUCGGGAAUCGUUCCGCCGUUGAUCGACGUCUUGAAGGCGGGAUUCCCUGAGGCGCAGGACCAUGCUGCCGGGGCACUCUUCAGCCUCGCCCUUGAUAAUCAUAACAAGACCGCGAUAGGUGUCCUAGGCGCGUUGCCGCCGCUUCUCCACGCGCUACGAUCCGAAUCGGAGCGGACUCAGAAUGACUCUGCUCUGGCCUUGUACCACCUCUCACUUGUUCAGAGCAACCGGGUAAAGCUGGUCAAACUCGGGUCGGUUCAGACUUUGCUGGGUAUGGUGAGAAUGGGCCAUAUGACGGGUCGGGUUUUGUUGGUUUUGAGUAACUUGGCCUUUUGUGUGGAGGGUCGAGCUGUAAUGCUGGAUGUUGGCACGGUUGAAGUUUUUGUGGGGAUGCUGAGUCGGGACAGGUUGGAAUCCGAUUCGACUCGGGAUAGUUGCGUGACGGCAUUGUACGGGUUGAGUCAUGGAGGAUUGAGGUUCAAGGGGUUGGCGAAGGAGGCCGGAGCAGAGGAGGUGUUGCAGAAGGUGGAGGAAGUUGGGAGCGAGAGGGCACGGGUGAAGGCAAGGCGAGUUUUGGAGGUGAUGAGAGGGAGGGAUGAAGAGGAAGAGGAGGUGGAUUGGGAGGCGUUGCUCAACUCGGAGGAGGUGAGUCAGACACUUUAAAUUGGUGCUAAUUUGAGCCAUUUUGGAGCUGUUUAUAUUCGUCAGAUUGUGCGUGGAUUGUAGUUAGUGUUUUCUGGGUGGUUUCGAUCAUCGAAGUGGGCUUGGAUAAGGUCACCAAAGUCUCAAAUGGAUAAGGUCACAAAAGGCUCAAACUGGACGGAAAAUGGACUGGAGACCUUCCAAACUCUUUCAAGUUUACAUUCAUGCUUGGUUUGGUUAAGGACCAAAGCAAAUGGUUGGCUCAUUUUGGUUAUUUGAUCUAUUGGGUCCUGUUUUGAUUUACUGAAUCUCAUGACAAUGGGACAGUGGUCGAUUUUGACAUUGUAAAUAACAUUUUUGGAGAGUUGCGUUUGGGGGAAAGGUUUCAAUUUGCAUGUCUUGGUUGCCACUGGUUUUAUUUUAGUUCUUUUGAACUUCAAUGGCAUUUGAAUUCACAAAGCAUUGGGAAUUUUCUGUCCCUUACCAAAGUAAAUGAGAGAUACUGCUACAGGGAUUUCAUUCCGAUUGUAAUGCGAAUUUUUAGCCUCUUCUUUCUUGCUGAAUAAGCGAAACUUUUACUAUCAAAAAAAUUACUUUGCAAGAAUGUACAUGAAGCAUAUCGAAGCGUUCACGAAGGUGGUCUUGAAAUGAAGAAGGUUUGGUUUGGUGCUAUCUAGUUUGAUCAUGGUUCUCCACUGAUGCAAGCUGCUGCCAAUUUGGUGUCCAUCUCAAUUACAUUUCUCAGAGAAGAGCCCAAACUAUGAACAAACGUUUACUUUGAGCUUGAACUGCCACAGAGAACUCAAGAUGCCAACUCCAGUAAGUACUGCUUUGUUUUUUAUUACGUUCAUUCUUGUUUGUGAAGUCUCUGCAUCUUGCUUACAUUUCUAUUUGCUAAUAUCUUGAGACAGUUUUUCAGAAAUGCCAAGUAGUUAAGAGUUAGACCACUGAGCUAUCCCAAAUAAACCAAAGUUGAUGUUACUUAACUGUCUUGUUAUGCAUGCAACCCAUGUGGCCCCUUCGGUUGACCGAAAAUGAGCAUCAGAUUGACUAUACAUUCAGGGGGCUAAACGUCCUGUGGUUCUGUGUUUCGUUAAAAUUUUCCAGUUCGGAUUAAACAAUGCAGAGAACAUGUAGUAGGAUCCGGGGGGACUGAUGUGCUGUGCAUUCCCAUGGCGCUGCACUCCCUGCUCUGCUUUAGCAGGCCCCUCGGAUCCGAAUAUGUAAUCCAACAAGGUGCGAUAUAUAAUAACCAUAGUUGUGCAAGUAUUGAACCUCUCAUUGUUAGCCCGAUGGAAUUCUGUAUCCUAUGGAAUUAUGUGUUCCUUCCACAAACAAACAGGCCCUUGUGAGUACUAAAAACUAAAAGUGUCUUCCACUGCAUAAAAUAAAUAUGUGUGUUAGUUGAUCUUACUGAUGACAUUUUCAGUAUAUAUGCUUUCAUCACCAUCCACUAGUAAUACUCCUUUGUCUAAGAGCUGUUUCCUUUCCCAUUGGCAAGAACAUUUUAAGAAGGUUCAGGUUCAGGAUGGGUGGGUUCAUGUUAAUUGAUUUUUUUUUUUUUUUUUCUGGUCACCGAUUGGUGGAUACCAUAUAAUAUCAAAGGCACUUGAUAAAGCCAGUUUCUUUAUGUUAAGUUACCAAUUCUUCCAAAAACUUACUUUUGGAAAAUGAACCCAUCAAUAUAUAUCAAGUUACCUGGCACCCUCCUCACUUGCAACUAUGCAAUUUUUUUCGUAGAUGGAGCGAAACAUAAUACAAUGGGAAGAAGCAGAAUGCAAACAGAAGGACUUGAACGCAAGACCACUCUUAACCUGAGAUCUGAUACUAUGUUAAGUUACCAAUUCUCCCGAAAACUUAAGCUGUUAGGAAAUGAGCAUAGCAAUGUAUAUCAAGUAAUUUAACACUUUCCACCUCCCUUUUUUGUAAAGUCCAAUUUUAGGGAUUUUGGCCCCCUCCUUUCUGUAGUGGUAGGGAUGGGCUCACAUAAUGCAGCAAUCUCUUAUGCUUGUCUGAUUCUUCCUGUCACAAUUAGUGUUUAUUUUAAUCCAUUUUUUAAAGAAUAUUUUCCAGCAAAUUUCUUCCCCACUCUUUGUACUUUGGAACUUUGAGCUUGACUCCUGGCUGUAGGGGAUUUCAUGGGCUACGUGGCCUACUUUAGAGAAAACUUUUUUCUCUUACGAAUAUUAUUCACUAAAUUUGCCUUUUGAAAUUUAGUAGUGCAAGAGCACUAUAUCAUGCUGAAAUGGCAAAAAGAUGAAGUAUCAUUUAGCUUUCAUAAGAUAUAAAGGCCUUUUGCAAAGUUAGAGCAUCUUUUGUUUCCUGAUAUUUGCAUGCAUUCACACCUCCUUAAUAAGUCCAACUGUAUUUCUGGCCCAGUAUGGCUUGGACUACUUACUUAGGCAUGUUCGACAGCUCUUUUUUGUUUGCUUAUUCCGUGUCUUAAUCAAGACGUAAAAUUAGCAAAGAUUCAAAGACAAGAUAAAACAAAAAAGCUAAUAAGCAAGGGGUACCUAAAAGGCUCUUAAUAUGCCUAAGUGGUGUAAUAGUUUUAUAUCUGACGUUGAUUGCUCCGAAGUGUUUUCAGCAGCAGGAUACGUUCAAAUCAGAUUGUUCUGUUUUUUGGGUAAAUUAAAAUUUUAUUGACAAAAACCAAGCUACAAAGCACAGGGGCGUACCCCAGGAAUACAAGAGCCAAACAAGCUCAAAAACAAAGACGGCAAGCUAAAUUCAACAGUGCAACUUUGCUAGUUAGGCUUUAGUCCAAAACUAACUCCAAAAGGAAACAAAUGGAACCGACUCAGACUUUGUCAAAAACUCUGGCUGGGAUAUUCCAAGAAGAGUAGAAGGUCAUAUUAGUAGCUGUCUUCUUAACCUUUCUCCAAGAGCUAGCACAAACCCUUAUAUCAGUCAUCACUUGAAAAAUCCAUCUGUUCCUUUCUCCCCACACAUAGUAGAUUAAGGCAGCCAGAGCAAUCUUAGAUAUCAACCAUGGAAGCUGAGAAUCAUUACCAUGUUGCACCAUCCAUUCCAUAACUUGAGGUAAAUCGUUAUGGGGGCAAUGAGACCUAAGCCCCAUUUGGAUUGAUCUCCAGACUUGAGAUGAAUAAGAGCACUGAAAAAAGAGGUGUUCAUGAGUCUCAACAGCUACUGAGCACAUCACACAUUGAGCAUCCAGAAGCACUCCCCACUUAAGGAGUCUAUCCUUGGUGGACAACCAGACAACCUACCCAGGACUGCCAUCCACUGCUGGAUGAUUGACCGACGAGGGACAGCAUGCUUAGACCAAAUUACCUUGGACCAAUUAACAAGAAGGUGAGGACUUCUAAAAGCAUUCCAAGCAGAUAUCAUAGAGAAUCUGCCAUCCGCUUUCAGAUUCCAAACCACUGAGUCCUCUUGAGAGAUAUGAGGGGUGAGAGAAGCAGGGGUAUGCCUUAAGAAUUAUGAUUUCUCUUGUCACUGAAUUCCUACUUCUGGGCCACUGCCAAUUCUGAUUAGCUAUUAUGGAAGCAACUUUAGCAUUGUGGUUCCUGCCCAAGAUGUAGAUCACAAUUGCACCAUACUUGGCAAAUAAAGGGCCUACGGGAUGCCAAUUGUCUAACCAUAGAAAUGUAUUCCUUGCAUUCCCACCACAUAGGUUAUCCAUGGCUGUACAAGACCUGAUUGUAAACAAUUUUCUGACUAUACGAUAGACAUAACUGUAAAUCAGAUUUUUUCGUUUGUAAUACUAAUAGACAACCAACUGAAUCCUCUUAACUCUUCUAUACACGUAUGUGAACUUACAAAAAGAUGAAAGAUAACUCUAUUAAAUGCGUACUGAAAAUACUAUGUCCUGAUUUAUGGCGACCAAAAUCUGGAUCAGUAUAUUUUAUUCGGAAAAUGGAUGAAUUCUUGUGAAUCAACUUCGCAUUGUAUAAAGAAAUGCAUACUUAUUGAUCAAAUCAUGUGCUUGAUGGAAUCCUUCAAGAAGGGUUAAAAUAUUAUUCCUAGCUUCCUGCUUCUUGGGAAGUGCCAAAUAAGUGACUACUUGAAUCAGGAUCUUUUGAGCAUAAAUUGAAGCAAGUCAUUAUGAUUCCUCCAGAUGGGCGUAUAAUUUAUCGACUCCCAAGUGCAAUGGGUCGGAUGGAACAGGGUGUGGUCAAACUAGAUUGUGCUACUGCUAGCCCAUCAAUUUUCUCCAAGUUAUGGAAACUUCUACUCGACCAUGCAAAUCAAGGAAACCAGUAUCUUAGAUUGUUUGGAUUUCAUGUUGAUCUAUGCACAAACAAUAGGAACCAAGUGGCCAGGUAUGAGGAAGGAGGUGAAGGUGUAAUAUCGACGCACAUAGUCCUUUGGAGUGAGCCGGUGAGGAACUUUUCAAGGAGAGGAGUCGGAAAAGGGGAGCUAUGAGUUUCAGUUUUGUUGCAAGAAGUUCAUGAACUCGCCGGCUUUGGGGUGACAGACAUCCAAAUGCCCACAAGAAGGAGAGGUUCAUGAAGACAACAUCGAGAAUGCACAUUGAGGUAAGAAAAGCAAGCAUCGGUUUCUUCCUCCGUUCAUUUCCAGCUCCACUCCCUCCAUUGUGAUGCUGCCCACUGCACACCAGACUUCAAACUCCAUUUGUAAUUUAUGUUCAUUUGUGUUUUCUUCAAGUAGAGUGUAGUAGACUACCAGCUUCAGCUUGUAUAUGAGUACAUUUCUGUCAUUUCUCUUACCGUAAUCAACUUUGGAGACAUGUAUUAUAACAAACUGGGUAAAUCUAAUUGGUCCUCUCCCACUAAGAAAA